GCAAGCUCAUGUUGGGUAUAAAUAGAGUUUGGCAGCAAUUCCUUAAAUUGCCCAUUAACAUAAACACCAAACAUUUGAGAAACUUAAAUAAAUAUAUAUAUAAAUUAUAUAGUACUCUAGGUUGUUUUUCUAGCCACAAGAUGUCUACUAUGGACAAAAGUUAUAUGGAGUCCAACUAUUUUAAGGAGAUCAAUAGUAGUUUCAAGGCAGGAGGUAGAAGUAACACUGCUUUUGAGGCACAGAUCAACCCUUUCGAGUUGUCCGAAGAGCAAAUAAGAAAGAAAAUUUAUGAGACUCAUGCUUGUUCUGACGAUUCUUUUGAUGCUGAUUCUCUAUUCAUUAUCGUUGCAAACAUUCUUAAGCGAUCAUGUCAAAUUGUUGACGAUGUUAUUCAGGAAGACAUAAAAGUUGGUCUGGACAAUAUAGUGGAGAUCAAUAACCCCAAAGCAGGUUUCAAUGUACCUAUGUGUAUCCUUAAGAAGAUUGGCUGCGAGCUACUGAGUUGUAAGGCCCCAGUUGCAGAGAUGGCACAUGAGACAACACUGGCAAUAUUUGAGAAGCUACGAUACUAUUCAUGGGAAGCAAAAGCUGUGUUGACUCUUGCAGCAUUUGCUAAAGAAUUUGGGGAUUUAUUGCAUCUUGUUCAGCUUGAUCAAACCAAUAAUCACGAUCAACUCACAAAAUCGUUGGCACUGCUCAAAGGUUCUUGUAUUCUUCCAAACACUCCAGAGUUUCGCCACAAACGGAAGAUUGUAGUUGGUGAGCUUAAUAAUCUGAUCAAGGCCACUCUCAAAGUGAUGGAAACCAUCUUUGAGUUGCAGAAGCUUUCUGUUUAUGGUCCACAUAGUAUUGCUGAGUUGCCAAUUGCUUUGAAUUCUUAUUGGGUUGUCAUCACCGUUAUUGCAUGCGCUAAUAAAGUUACUAUUCUCACUAGUGAACAUGACAGUCCACACGAUUUAUCUCCCUAUGAUACAAAAAUUCACAACAUCCUCAGUAUACUCUCAGCACAACUGGCCCAAUUUAGACUAAUGAAAGAGGAGGAAUAUCAUUAUUAUAAGCUCUUGAAACUCUCGAAAACUUCUGACGAGGUCAUGGAGUUUCUUAAACUUCUCUUUUUCUCUCAAGACUCUCAUCAUUUCCACCUAAUUGAUGGCUCUAACAAUUAUCAAUCGGUCGAAAUCAACGUAUUGAAAAAGAAGAAAGCACUGCUAGUGAUUUUUCGACCAGAUAUGUUGGAGUCAGAUAUUAACAUCUUGAGAAGAAUUUACUGUGAGAAGAUAAAGAAAUAUAAUACUGAAAAAGAGUACGCGAUAGUUUGGGUGCCAAUUAUAGAUGAAACCUUUUCAUAUGAGCACAGGACUAUCAAGUACGAAUAUGAGAGCUGGCUUAGGUCAAAGGAGAUCCAGUGGUACAGUGUAAGUAAACUAGUUUCUCACAAGGCUGGACUGAGAUUCUUAAGAGAGGAGUGGAACUUCGAAACCAAUCCAGUGGCUGUGGUUUUAAACGUGGCUCGUGGGAUUGUCGAGAAUAAAAAUGCCAUGCACACCAUUCGUUUAUGGGGGCUGGACGCCUUCCCUUUUGACCAUGAGACCGAGCGAAGAAUAUUCAGUGAAAUGAAUUGGCUCUAUACUUUCUUCGCAGAUUUUCCUCACCAGUACGGAAAGUUGACAAACUGGGUAAAAAAGGAGAAAUAUGUUAUCUUCCAUGGUGGUAUGGACAAGGAGUGGACAGAGGAGAUUGAUGAGAAAAUAAGCUUCAUGAGUAAGGAUUUGAAUAUCAAGAUCAAAAGGUUUAACAUUGAAGAAAGAGUUGAGGUCAAAAACAAGUUUUGGGGUGGCAUAGACAGCCUUAUGCUCACAAAGUUCCACAAGGAAGAGUACUACUUUGCCAAACAACAAGUGAAAAGACUUUCUUCUUAUAAACACACACAAGGAUGGUUUGCACUUAACAAAGGGCCUACCACGGUGGUUGUUGGUUCCCGAGCGACUUUCUCAAAGGCAGUGGCUGAGUUUCACAUGUGGAAAGUGAGUGUUCGCCAGAGGACCUUCGAAGUUGCUUUCAAAGAGUACCAUGAGAAACUUUGUAAGUCUCUCAACUCUACUCAUGAGCUAUCGAGUAUUGCAUGUUGUAGUUCGAUGAGGGCCACUACUAUCCAAAAAAGUUUCGGCAACUGCUGCACGAUUGAGAGUGUCCUAACCGCGACUGGUGAGUAUCCGGAGAAGAUAAGUUGCCCGGUGUGUGACCAGGUCAUGGAAAUUACUGUCACAUACAAGUGUAAUCAUACGUCUAAAGAUGAUUUCCAUUGCUAAUAAAUGGAUAUGUAUUCUCCAUUGGAUCCAGCUUGUUCGCACUACGUAGUACGGUGUAUUUUCUCUUAUGAUCUAAUAAACACAUACAUUUAUAUGCAUGAUGUGCUUUGAAUGUAUGUAUGUUAAGUUUCUUAAUUAAUUUAUGAGUGUGUUGUGUAUUUUAGCCUUGAAAAAAUAAAUUGUUUUAGGUUUUAAAGUUAUGAAUGGUUUCUAAUACUUAAUUUAUGUAAUUUCCUAAUGUAUUCCUUGAUUGCUUUAUAUAUAUUUUGAAAAAAUGACCAUAAA